AUGGCAGAGGUUAUGCAAGCUUUAGGAGCUAUGGGGGAGUUGAUAGGGCAGCAGAUAAGGAAUCAAAAUGCCGCUACCGCCGCUGCUGUUGGAGCCCCACCCGUAGCUCCACCUGCAAUUCCGCCGGUGGAUGUGCCACCUGUGGGCGUAGUGGAGGAUCGUAAGGCUCAAAAGAUGGUGGAACAGUUUCCGAAGUUGAAGCCACCGCAGUUCACCGGAAGCGGAGACCCCGAGGUCGCCACCCAAUGGAUUGAAGGAUUGGAGAAAGUGUUCAACUUGCUUAGAUGUUCUAAUGAGGAUAAGGUGGUCCCGGCCGUUUAUCAACUAGAGGCUAGAGAGCGUAAGAUGGCUGAGUUCUUCCGCCUCCGCCUGAAUCAAAUGACUGUCGACCAAUAUGAAGCUAAGUUCUCGGAAUUGUCUAAGUAUGCCCCGAGGUUGAUUGAGGACCCCGAGGAUAGGGCUCGAAAGUUCGGGGACGGACUAAAGCCCGAGAUUAAGAGUAUUCUAGCGCCGUUCAACCUUCGGGACUAUGAUGACCUUUAUGAGAGGGCGCCGAUAGUGGAGCGAGACUUAGCCGAGAGAACUGCCGCAUCCGGGUCGCGGUUUGGAUCCUCAAGUAGAUUUGAGAAGAGGCAAGGGAAGAAGCCUAUGUAUGGGGGCAGACAUAACAUCCCACCCAAUCGCAGAGGAGCGAUCAAUAAACCCGUUUUCCGCCGUAAUGAGGUGUGCGCCUCGUGUCACCGAGACAUGGACCUGGUCCAUGCCCGUUUAGGAAUGGAGCCUCGCUAUGGAUGUGGCCAGCUGGGCCAUCGGGUGAAGGAUCGCCCGCAGAGGCGGCUAGGAAGGCAGGCGCCACAACCGAGAGUACCGCUAAGGGGAGCCGCGCCACAAAACUUCCAGAAUCGUCCACAGGCUCAAGGAAGGGUGUUUGCUGUCACCCGUGAGGAGGCGAAGGAUUCGCCGACCGUUACAGGCACGGUCCUCUUGCAUAAUCAAGUCGCCUAUGCUUUGUUUGAUCCGAGGUGCUACGCAUUCGUUUGUUCUUGA